UUUUUUAGUCUCCCUUUUAGCAAGACGUGUAAAGUUUGUGUUUUUUUGUAAAUGUUUUUCUGUAAAUAUUUAUGUUUUUCGAUGUAAAUUAAUGUAAAAUUUUGUGUUUAUCUUGUGUUAAAAUAAUGUCGGCUACUUUACGUUAUCGUGGUGAUAAAAAUAACUUAAUAGAAUUGGCUAAAAAUUUAGAUGCGUUUAAGAAAGUGCCGGAAAAAUAUACAGAGACCACAGAAAUUGGUGGCACUUUAUCCCUCAUCAGUAGAUUACUAAUCAUAUUUUUGAUCUACAAAGAAGUUCUAUACUAUAAAGAUGCCAAAUUGAAAUAUCAAUUUGAACCGGAUAUUGAUACGGAAAAAGUACAAAUGCAUGUCGAUAUAACAGUAGCCAUGCCCUGUUCCUCACUCUCCGGCGUGGAUUUAAUGGAUGAAACUCAACAGGAUGUAUUUGCCUAUGGUACCUUACAACGUCAAGGUGUAUGGUGGCAAAUGUCACCAGAUGAGCGAGUCGAAUUCGAACGACAACAAUAUAUGAAUCAUUAUCGUCGUGAACAAUAUCAUUCCAUAGCUGAUAUCCUUUUCAAGGAUAUGAUUAAGAGUAAUGAGGCUCAUGAACAACCUUUGGGUGAUAAUGGCAAACCCGUACCCGAGGAUCAAUAUGAUGCUUGUCGUUUACAUGGUACUUUGGGUAUUAAUAAAGUGGCGGGAGUUUUGCAUUUGGUAGGUGGAGCCAUGCCGGUGGUAGAUCUAUUUGGAGAUCAUUUAAUGAUUGGUUUUCGUCGUAUGCCGGCAAAUUUUACACAUCGUAUAAAUCGUUUAAGUUUUGGCCAAUAUUCAAAGCAUAUAGUUCAGCCCUUGGAGGGAGAUGAGGUUUAUAUAACAGAGGAAGAAACUACUGUACAAUAUUUCUUAAAUAUUGUACCCACCGAAAUACACAAUACGUUUACCACCAUCAACACUUAUCAGUAUUCCGUUACGGAAAAUAAACGAGUAUUGGAUCCUGUACAAAAUUCCUAUGGCAAUCCGGGUAUUUAUUUCAAAUAUGAUUGGUCGGCUUUGAAAAUCAUAGUGCGCACCGAUCGUGAUAAUCUAAUACAAUUUAUAAUACGUUUAUGCUCCAUAAUAGCGGGUAUUAUAGUUAUAUCAGGUAUUUUAAAUUAUAUUUUGGUUAGUGUGCAAAAAUGUCUUUUGCAAACUUUUGCUCCUCAACUUUUACACAAACGUCUUAAGGAAACUCCCGAGCAUAGUCCUCUGGCGGCAGCUCCAGUCGCUUUGCCUACACCAGUAGUCGUUACCAAUGAUUUAAUAAGUAAUGCCAAUAAAAUGUCAGCCCAGGUGACCGCUAUACUGCCCACCAAUAGUAAUCUCAAGGAAUAAUAAAAAAUCUCUCCCUAAAUCCAAAGAAUCUCCAAGUUUUCGUAAUAGUUUUGGCCUAAAGUGUUUUAUUAA